ACUGUUAGAACUCAUCUUUGGCGUCGUGAGGUUCUGAGACAGUGGGCUGGGGCCCAGGUUUUCAGGUUUGAGGAAGAAUGCCUUGAUCCAGAAUCUUGUGCCCUGAGGGAAAAAGGCAGCUGGAACCAAACUCCUACAUUUCUAGGGGCACAGCAUUUGCAUUGUCACAGGGGUGUCUUCAUGACUAUAGAAAAGGACCCAAGGAGUAUUAACUGGACUACAGAAAAAGUUGAGACUUGUGACAAAAAGUCACUUUGCCAGGAAACUAUGAUAAUGAUUACAGCAGGAGACCAGACUGCCGUUUUGGCCUCGAAGGGCUGCAUCUCUGCAGGGGUAGAAUCUAUGACAUUUGUCCAGCACUCUCCACCCCCUGGCGUGGUGGCAGUCUCCUACAGUAACUACUGUGAGGAUUCCCUUUGCAACAACAGAGGGAGCGUAUCUUCAUUUUGGAGACAAGAAGAGACCUCAGCUCCCAUUGUGCCAACCCUCCACUGCCCAACAUGUGUGGCUCUGGAAACCUGUUUCAGUGCUCCUUCUCUGCCAUGCCCCAGUGGUACAACUCGAUGCUAUCAAGGAAAUCUUAACGUCUCUGGAGGAGGCAUCAACUCAUCCCUGGAGGUGAAAGGCUGUGCAGCCACAGCUGGUUGCAGGCUGAUGGCCAGGAUCCUAAAAGUAGGACCCAUAUUGAUAAGGGAAGUGUGUCCACAGCAGCUUUAUCUUCAAGCCCGCCAGGCUGCAAGUGGGGCCACUUGGUUUCCCAUUUUAGAUUGGAAGUUAGAGCUGUGGUUGUCUUUGCUACUGCCAUAAUUUUUUCUAUUUUCCUAAGAAGAUGCUUCUGCUCCUGGGUCCCAAGACUCCUUUUUUGACUGGGAGCCUUCUGGCUGCUGGUAACCAACAAGUUGAAAAGAAUAUGAAAUUUAAAGGUGAACAGAAAGAGCUGUCAUGGAUAUAGUUGCCAUGUCUAAUAAAGUGUAAGAUUUGUGUAUGUUUCAAGACUAGAAGUGGAAUUGUAGUGCUGAAAGUCCUUAAAAUGUGCCUUCUCCAACCCAUGCAUUUUCCAGGCAGGGAAUCUGAGACCUGGAAAAUUCUGGUGAGCUUCUCAUACUUACAGAGCUAUGGCUAGAGCCAAGACAUGAACUCAGAUGUUUUGACCUAAUGUCCAAUUUUUCUUUCAUUCUAAUCUGCUAACUCCUUUUGCUUGCUAGAGAAGGGACUAACAGUAGCCUCCUUCAGAGCACUCCCAGCCCAGUUGGUUUUUUUUUUUUUUUUUUUUUUGGUAUUGGGGAUCAAACUCAGGAUGUUGCAUUUACAAGGCAGGCACGGGCCAUUGCACUAAAUCCCAGCCAUUCUCAGCCCAAUUUUAAGGCUAAAGUCAUCUGUUUCAUGCUUCUACUAUUUCACCAGGAGGUAUGACAGAAUGAGAAAAAGCAGACUCUGAAUUCUCCAAUUAUAAUGGGCCCAUCUUCCCAUGUCCUGUCUGAGGCGGGCACCUGCUCAGCAUCAUUCCCUCCUUUCUUGAUAGCUUACUUAAUGAUCCUUUUGUGGACAAAGGAAAAUUGGGAGGGAACUAGGACUUGAUAGGGUGUGAUGAAUGGUGUCCUGGAAUUAUUAGGAAGAUCUUUUGGGAAAAAUCUCAUUUUAUUUACUUAUUACUCAAGGAUACAUAAGAUCUGAUUGUUAAAGCCUCAAGUAAUACAUGAGUUGUGUAGAGCUAAGAUAAAAGGAGAGAAAGUUGGAAGGCAGUAGAUCCUUUUCAGUCUUUUUUAGAAACAGUUCAUCAAUAAGUAACUGACAGUAAACUUCACUGCAGUGGGGAAACUUACACAGACUCUUGCUUUCCUUCCACAAGAUUGAAGUCUAUUCCAACAGUUCAUUCUAGAAAGUUCUCUGGCUCUACCCCCUCUCUUUCAGUUAAUGCCCCACUGCGCUAAUUACUUAUCUUUGUCAUUAGGCAUCCAGCUCCCCAUUGUGUUGGCUAGCUGAAUCUUCCCAAAGAGGGAGAGGAACCACAAGGAAAUCAGAUUUUAACUUAGGGGACAUAUAAAUUUUGGAAAUAAUGGUUCAGAGGUUUUGCUGAUAAAUGCUACUUGGGGUUAAAAAUUUACAUGAUUAGUGUUUCCCAUAGGUCACUGGCUUUCUAAUAGUACUGAAGACAAUUGCAAGAGAAAUUCCUGAGUGAGUGGAGGAAACAUUGUCUUAGUUACUUUUCUCAUUGCUGAGACAAAAAUACCCUACACCCAAAGUUAGAGGAGGAAAGAUUUAUUUUGGCUCACAGUUUGUAGAGGGUUCAGUCCAUAGUCAACUGGCUCCAAGGCAGGUUGGCGUGGUGGUGGUGGGGCAUCACAGAGGAGAAACAGUCUAUGGCAAAGCAAGGUAGGCAGAAGGCAGCAAAGCAGUGAUGUACCAAGUUGACAGCAGCAGCUUUCUUUCUGUCUCUUAUAUUCCAUCCAGUGCUACCCUAAAGGCAGGUAGCACUCACACCCAGGGUGGGGCACCCUUAAUCCUAG